AUGGCUACCACUCAGUGCCUCUCCCUGUUCCCCACCACCGUCCCCAAAAUCGCUAUCCCAAAUCCCCAUAAGAAGACUCCCAGUUUGCAUCGGAUCAGCAUGGUAGCAUCUCCAGAGAGUACUCUUUCACCGAAUGGAGAGUCAAUCGUAAUCAAGAUGGAAUCGGAACCGCCCCUCCCUCAAGUGCCAAACCAUCUCCACGACCACCGAGAACCUACUCCUUCCCCUGAAGAGAUCGGUCGAGCAGUGACGACCUCAUCCCCAAUCGAUGGGAAGACUCCAACUCAACCGGCCCCGACCUCGGCCGCGAUAAAAUAUACUCCGUCAUUAUACCGGUCACCUGGGGGGGUCAGCUCAUCUCCUCAACCCUCGUUCUGCUUGGGAACCGGAUCUGCUACCACUCUCGUCCAAGCACCGGCCGCAGUGACGGUGAACAAUAAAUCCCCCGUCGACCCUUCGCCAAUUGUACCUAUACGCUCCAUGUUCCCAACCUACGACCCAUCUGUCCCGUUAACCCAGCAGACCUAUGUGCCGCAAAGGCCUUUACCGGCACAGCUGUCGGGGAUCCCAUCUGUUGUUCCCGCUGCUAGGGAAGACUAUCGAAGCAGUCUCUCUUUGCCUUUCGCCGUUGCUGCACAACGAACUGCUCCGGCAAGUGUUCUGAACUUUCCCUCAGAUGUUAUGAGCGUGAACAUUGGACCUCGCAUAUCCACCCAACGAGAGCUCGAGAAGCUGUGGGAGGCAUCUCAUGGGACGGAACCAGGCUGUACAAGCGUAACAUUCGAUCUCGAAAUGGCGCGGACAGAAGAAGCAACCUUUGUCUUUGGCUCUCACCCGUCACUCCCGUUCUACACCCUCCAAACAUACGACACCAACGAAAUCGCCAUUUCAAAGACCUGCCCGCGAAAAUCGACCUUGACGCAAGACGUGGUGCUCUGCCCAAUCGAACCCCCCUCCCGACGACAACCUCCCAACGAUGGCCUUGUGGCUUUCAUCUUCCCUAAACUCGCCGCAAUGUUAGCCAUCAACCAGUCCGCCGCACUGGCCCGGGAACAUAAUCUGGCACCUACAGAGCGCGACGAAAUCGAAGCGCAGGCUGUCCGGCGCGCCGCGAAGCAGGAAGCGUGCAACUUACGCUUCAACGCCCGCGGGGGAUUUUACGAACUCGAACACCCCGCCAUCGGCCGUGGCGCCAUGGGAGGAGAUUUCGCCAUGAAAUCCCCGGUACCAACAUCACCUACCACCAUCCGCUCCCUCACCGGCAAACCGGUUCUUCACAUAACCAUUUCCACCGAUAGCCCGGUCCCAACUAUCCACGUCAUCGACCCCAACGCCUCGCGACGCACAGGAAUAAUGACGCCCGUGGCGUCCGCCGGGACUGGGAUCCGCCGGCUCUCAACACUCCCUCAGACGGAAACCACCGGUCCAUCGUUCUCAGAAUUCCCGCCACUAGCAACCCUAGACCUCGCAGCCCAGACACUCCAUCUCGACGCAAACGCCAUCCUAGAACUGAUGCCGUCACUCUUCAGCAUCGACAGCAUUGUCUCCGCACUCAUGACAGUCGCCAUCGCCGACUCCACGACGAACCCGGUCAUGGCAUCCAUGGAGAUCUGGAAACCCCGACCAGCCCCGGCGUCACGCUUAGGAACUGGCCCCAGAUCCAUCCGGCCCGGCAGCGUCAAAAGCUACGCCGGUAGCGUGUUCUACGCCACGAUCGCCGAGCGCGAAGACGCCGAAGAAGAAGCCAGACUCAUGCGCCAGACGCACGAAAAGGACAUCCGAGGCGGCGGCAGCUCGUCCAAGCAAAAGGGUUCACGAACAUGGUUCGGGCUCCGGAAACAAUUCUCCGAACCCGACGAAGACGACGAAAGAGACCCCGUUUCGGAAAAGAAAUCGGGCCAGAAGAAGAAAUUAAAGACGAAGAAAAUCGUCCUCCGCGAGUUCGACCUCGAGAAACUUGGCCACUAUCAGUCCGGUGACCGCAAGGGCCAAGAGUUACCUGUCAUCACGCGCUCGGCGCUGUCGGGCCUCGUCAUGGCUCUUCGAGUGCUGGUGUGGCUGUUGACCAUGUUUGUCCAGAUGAUGGCUUGGAUGCUGGUGAAUGUCUCACGAGCGGUGACGAGCGAGAAGUUUUGA